AUGUCAAAUGAAGAGCAAAUACAGCUGGCUAUAGCUCAUUUGAACCGUCUCGAAAAGCCGAAUCUUACUGCAGUGGCAAAAAAGUUCGGAUUGAACCGAUCGACGUUGUCGAAGCGGUACAAAGGAAUUUCGGUCUCCAAGCAGCAAUCAAUUUCAGAGACCCGCCAGCGGCUUAACGAAGUUCAAGAAGACGAGAUUUUGCGUCAUAUCGAUGCUUUGACGAAUAAAUUCAUACCCCCAACCACUCAAAUUGUCAAAAACCUUGCUGAAGAGAUCCUCCACGCGGAGGUUGGGAAGAACUGGCCAGCCCGCUUUGUAAAGCGGCAUCAAGAUCGUCUUUGUCGCGUUUAUCUGCGCCCUAUUGAUAACAAGUGUGCUUCUGCUGAAAAUCCUACUACUUUUAAGCAUUUUUACUCUCUUCUUACAGAAGCCAUCCAGAAAUACAACCUUAGACCUCAAGAUACCUAUAAUUUUGACGAAAAGGGCUUCUUGAUCGGUCAAACAAGCAAGAAACUGAGGAUUGUGUCAAAAGAGGCGUAUAAAUCGGGUAGAGUUCGUGGAGUUAAGCAAGAUGGUAACAGUGAGUUCAUUUCACUACUGGCUGCCAUCUCCGCAGACGGAACCGCUCUUCCACCCGCGUUAAUCUAUGAAGGGUCCUCAAAUGACCUUCAAAGCAGCUGGGGCUCUCCUGGCUGCGGCUUUUCGAUCGGCAUACUCGGACAAAAGGAAGCCGCCAGCGGCUGCUGA